AUGGCUUCGACAACGACGACGACAGUGUCUACCGUCCCUUCGAGUUCUUGUAGUUCAAGUUCCAGGACGAAGGUUAAUAAUGGAGAGGAAAAAAAAGACACAGACGAUUCUUGUACGCGCAGUGAAGGCACUGUUACUAAGGAUAAAGUUUGCUACAUGUACAGAACUAGUCUUCCAAAACCCAUGUUUUCCAGAAAUGACUUCAGUAUAUGGAGUAUAUUAAAACAAUGUAUAGGAAAGGAACUAUCGAAAAUGACUAUGCCAGUCAUUUUUAACGAACCUCUCAGUUUAUUACAGCGAAUGGCUGAAUAUAUGGAGUAUGCCUACUUACUACAGAAAGCUGGAACUGCUACAGACCCGGUGGAACGAAUGCAAUAUGUAUGCGCAUUUGCUGUAUCAUCGAUAUCCUCCAACUGGGACCGGUUAGGUAAACCAUUCAAUUCUCUGUUAGGUGAGACAUAUGAGUUAAAAAGACCUGAUAUGGGUUUCCGUUUGAUCUCUGAGCAAGUUAGCCAUCAUCCUCCCAUCAGUGCAUUCCAUGUUGAAUCAGAUUUGUUCCAAUUUCAUGGCUCAAUUCAUCCAAAAUUAAGAUUUUGGGGGAAAUCAGUAGAAGUCAAUCCCAAAGGCAUCAUCACUCUUGAACUAACAAAGUUUAAUGAAGUCUACACUUGGUCCAAUAUUAAUUGUUGUGUACAUAAUGUUAUUGUUGGAAAGCUGUGGGUAGAGCAUUAUGGGGUCAUGGAAGUUCUUAAUCAUAAAACCAAGCACAAAGCUGUGUUGACAUUUAAACAAAAUGGUUGGUUUGGCCGUGAUUUACACAAAGUGGAAGGCUAUAUUUAUGAUGCAAACAAAACCAAAGUGAAAGCCCUCAUUGGCACUUGGGUCCAGAGCUUGUAUGCUGUUGAUGUAAGCACUUAUGAACAAUUUUUGAAAACUCAAAAAUCUGACCCUGCUGAGAACCCUACAGCUACUUCUAGGGAGAAUGGCGCCUCUGGCAGUAGUGAGAGUGGAUCAGCAGCAAUCAAUGAUCCUGAUGACAUUCCACGGUUGCUCCCAAAUGCAGAUCCUGGAAUUCCUGGGGAGAUGUGCCUCUGGAAGGCGCUUCCAAGGCCAGAAAACACAAAUCAGUUUUUCAGUUUUACACUAUUUGCUAUGAUGUUGAACCAACUUACAGACAAUAUCAAAGAUACAUUACCUCCAACUGAUUCUCGUCUGCGUCCAGAUAUCCGCCUUUUAGAAGAAGGAGACAUAGAUACUGCUGCCUUGGAGAAGAACCGAUUAGAGGAGAAACAAAGGUCAGCUCGAAGAGAUCGGAAGAAGAAAAAAGAAGAAUGGACUCCAGUAUGGUUCCAUUAUGGUAUCAAUCCAACCACAGGCAAGGAAGACUGGAUCUUCAACAAGGACUAUUGGCAGCGAGACUGGUCAAGAUGUCCAGAUAUUUUCUAA